GCGAUCAAGGUUACCAGAUGAAGUUAAAAUGUCGUAUCCACCGGUACCUUGCACCUGCUGUCGGUACAAACCUGGUAUGAUUUGAACAGGGAAGAUGGCCUUUUCUAGAAAGGCAUCGGUAGCCCAACCGAGCAUCGACGGCGAGUCUAGCCCGACAAGAUCUAUAACGCUCCCGGGACCUGGUUAGCUAGGCUCCGAAGACCUGCCGAUAUCACUUAAUCGUGAUCUUUAAGGACCCAAGAGAUCCGGAAUGGACGUCAUGAUACUUUAUAUACGAGAACGCAACUGGUUAGAGUUGGUCCGAGAUAGGAAAGAGACAAGGAAUAUACCGAAUCCUUUGACCUUAAUCCCAGCAUUCCUAAGCAGGUCGCGUGUGCCUACAAUUUUAAGGUGGAUCUCCACUCACGACCUCGCCCUUUUGAAGAUUCCUAAGAGUUCGGCUCUUGGCGACGAUGACAAAGUUGAUCAGCACGCUAACACAUGGCUGACUCCCGCCUUCCAUAUUAGCGAAUAACCAAGACAGAGCUAGCCAAGGUUGACGGAGUGGACAUUGUUAUAAUAAGAUGAAAGGAUCGCGACUUUCCAACACCUUUUAAGUUGUACCACUUCCCACGAGUAUUCUGAAGCACCCUCAUCACCAACUUUCGCCUCUAGUCUACUUCUAGUCACUCAUUCGCGGUAUUUGUUCAAUAUGCGUUCUACUCUUCUUUCUCUUUGUAUGCUCGGCGGAGCUCUAGCGGCUCGACCUUUCUUGAACGAGCCGGACACAGGAUUCGAUGAGUACUUCGCGGACCUGGCAACCGGCGAGCUGCCGCCGCUGGACAAGUUAGUCGGACUACCAGACUUCGAUGCGGCGGCGCGGAGGCAUCUUCCCGCUAUGAACUACACCUACUACCGUAAUGGAGCAGCUGGAGAGUGGUCGUACCGGAAUAACCUCGAGGCCUACAACCGCUACAGACUAAAGCCCAGAACCAUGGUGGAUAUCACCGGCAUCGAGUCGACGCUCCCGACUACGAUUUUAGGCCACAACUUCUCCGCGCCCUUCUUCAUCACCCCUUGUGCUCGAGGUGGUUACGGCAACGUCGACGGCGAGAAGGGUCUCGUCGAGGGUGCCGCUGACGGAGAUAUUCUAUACAUGCCCUCGCUGUACGCCAGCUUGACGAUCGAAGAGAUCACCGCCUUCAAGAAGGACGGCCAGGUCACCUUCCAGCAGGUAUACCUCGACUCGAACGACACCGCCACCCAAAGUAUCUUCGACCGUGCCAAGGCCGCGGACGCCAAGGCCAUCGUCUUCACCAUCGACUCCGCCGCUGACGGCAACCGUCACCGCGCCGCCCGCUACGGCGUUGGUUCUGCCGACUCCGCCUACACCGUCAUCACCUGGGACCUGUACGACCACCUCACCACGAUGACCGACCUGCCCAUCAUCCUCAAGGGCAUCCAAACCGUCGAGGACGCGCAAGAAGCGGUGCGCCACGGCGUUCCCGCGAUCUACCUGUCGAACCACGGCGGCCGCCAGAUCGACGGCGCGCGCUCGCCGCUCGAGGUCGCGAUCGAGAUCCGCGACAAGGCGCCCGAGGUGUUCGCGCAGACGGAGGUGUACGCCGACGGCGGCGUGCGGUACGGCGCCGACGUCGUCAAGCUGCUGGCCCUCGGCGUCAGGGCCGUGGGUGUGGGCCGCCCCUUUAUGUACGCUAAUGUUUAUGGUACCGAGGGCGUGAGCCGCGCUAUCGAGUUGCUUAAGCAUGAGAUUGCGAUUGAUGCGGCGAAUGCUGGGGUGGCGGAUUUGAAGAGGAUUGAUCCUAAUAUCGUCGACUGGACCCCGAACUGGGCUUCUGCUUAGAUGUAGAAAGGGGUGAUUCUAUAAAAGGAUUUUGGUGGAUUCUUGUAUAUACUUUUGUACUGGUUGUAUGGGUCUCCUAUUUGCAUGCUCGUAGAUAUCAUUAGACUAGAUGGCGGUUACAUAAAAGGCCAAUGUUUAACAG